CAGAUAUUGUACAAUCAUCUAAUGUAAAGAAACACUGCAUCAGAGAGAUACAUCAACAACCGUAACCGACUGUUUUUCUUCAGUCUUGUCCCUGCUAGAAGCCCCAGUAGAGUUCCAUCUCCUCCCCCCUAGCGGCUCACCUCUCUUCCUCUGUUCCCUGCCUCUGUGUCCCUGGACCUGGGUUGCCAUGCUGCGGGAGGGGGCCAAGGCCUGGAUCAACGUCUCGGAGGCUUACAGCAGCGACCCUGAAGAGGAGGAGGAGGAGGACAUGGUAUGUGGGGAAGACGAGGAUGGAGAGGAGGAGAUGAUGGACCUGAGUGACCUGCCCACCGCCCUGUUUGCCUGCAGCGUCCACGAGGCCGUGUUCGAGGAGGACCGCCACCGGUUGUGGAUCAUCGUCACUCUGUCACAUCUACCAGGGAUGACACACUUUGCCCAGGCUGUCUAG